AUGGCGGAGCGUUCUGGAGCAUCAGGCAUCAUAGACGGUGUGUUUGUCGUUCCUCGUCUACUCAAAAGGCGUUCUGACGGUUGUGCCUUUGGGCUCUAUUCAUAUGUAGUUUUCUUGGACAAUGUGGAUGGAAUUCCUUCAGGAAAAGCUUCUAUAGAAUUCUAUUCUGUCUCUGAAGCUCAACGUGCGGCUACUCUCUUGAACAAUGCGCAAAUUUCUGCAAUCCCUGUUCGCGUCGUGGGAUUCGAACAUGCGCGAAAUCCCACAUACUCAAAGAAAAAGAGGCUUACCGUUGAGGAUAUACGAACGACACCUAAAGCGCCCGCGACGACGGUGAUUUUUGGACUCCCCAAGGACUUUCUUGUCAAGGAUGUCGAUAAAUUCCUCUACAACUAUCGCUUGAAUCUCUUUGGUUCCCCAGAGGAGGCACUUGUGCAACUUUAUUCAAACGGCUACAAGUCUCGUUGGGCUAUACAUCUAUCCUCAUUAGCAGAUGCUUAUCGUCUUGUACGACAUAUUCACCUGCAACGAUUUUCACUUGGAGACAGGGCGGAUACUCUGCUGGGCGCCAGAGUAUUUGCCUCAGUGACUCCAAAAGGACGUGGAGGUGCUCUGAUAAAGUGGUUGGUGCCAAAGACUUCCGGCAGUCAUUCACAUGGGUCAGUAACCGAGCUAUGCCAAUUGGGCAUAGACGUGCAUGAUAAUGAUUGUAAUAAUGAUAGAUACAAUACUCUGGCGCCCAGCAGAGUAUCCGCCCUGUCUCCAAGUGAAAAUCGUUGCAGGUGA